UUCUUAGCUAGCUAGCUAACUAGCAAGUCUGUGUCACGUGUAAAUAGGUGUGUUAUCACAAUUAACCCAAAAGCCAGCUGUUUCUUGAUGACUGACUUCCAGUUACAAAUCUAUCCAGUUGACUGUUGUCCCUUCUGCCUUUUCUCAAAAGAAUAACGUCAACAGGGAAGGAUGGCCUCCCGUAAGAAGGUGCUGCUGAAGGUGAUCAUCCUCGGAGACUCUGGGUGAGUGACCAGAAGAUCAUCAUGGUGUUUAUACAACCAGAUGUUACUAAUUUUGGAUAUUGUGUAUUAGUCAGGACCUUUCUGGCACAUGUAGUUGUGCAGGGCGUCAGCGGUUAAAGCCCUUCUCUGGCUGUUACCCUCAAUCGCUACAGUUCUUUAUGUGUAGCUAAGUGUGUGUGUGUGUGUGUGUGUGUGUGUCCCAGGGUUGGGAAGACUUCUCUGAUGAACCAGUAUGUAAAUAAGAAGUUCAGCAACCAGUACAAGGCCACUAUAGGAGCUGACUUCCUCACCAAGGAGGUGAUGGUGGACGACAGGCUGGUCACCAUGCAGGUGGGUCUUGUUUGUGUGUGCGUGCUGGUAUGUUAUUAGCCUAGUCAUGAGUGCUGGCUUGUCAUAGUGUGUUAAGUCAGAGAUUGGGCAACUCAUUCUGUGAUGAGUCAUAUGUUUUCAUUCUCUCUUUCCCUCUCUUUAUUACCUCUUACGCAUCUCUCUUCACCUCUCCCACCCUUUCCCUCUCUCUCUUUCCCCCAUGUCCUGUAAAGAGUUGUGUUGCAAAAACAGACAACUAAAUGCUAUCUUAUCUUAAUCUGUUUCCCCCCUUUCUUACCCUUUCUCUUUUUCCUCCUCACUCCGAUCCCCUCUCUCUCUCUCAUUUUGUCUCCCUCUCUGUGUAAUCACAUAUAAAAAAUGAUAGACAAAGCACUAAAAUGCCAAAAACAUAGUAAUCAACAUGUCUCUCCCCUUCUCUUCUGUCAGAUCUGGGACACUGCAGGGCAGGAGCGGUUCCAGUCUCUGGGCGUGGCGUUCUACCGUGGCGCUGACUGCUGCGUGCUCGUCUAUGAUGUCACGGCGCCCAACACCUUCAAGACGCUGGACAGCUGGAGGGACGAGUUCCUGAUCCAGGCCAGCCCCAGAGACCCAGACAACUUCCCCUUUGUGGUGCUAGGCAACAAGAUUGACCUCGAGAACAGACAGGUUGGUGUGUGUCUGUUUGUAUCUGUCCAUUGGAGAGCCAAAACAGGCAGGUGGUAGGGAGUAGGCAGUACAGUCAGACCUUGGUCAAAUGUUUGUUGUGAUUGCUACAUCCCUUAACCUUUUCAUGCGUGAGUUCCAAAUAUCUCUUAACGGUCGCCCCAGCGUGAGUUAUAAUUUUUUUAUGCGCGUGAUGUCAGAAUGCACUCACUGUUCCAAAAUGUGAUUGUUACGCAACAGGACAGUUAACCCACGUUGCCCUCAAACCAAGACACGCUGCCUGCUAAUUAUCUAUAGUCUAUGUUUCAACUUGUCAAUUUAAAGUUAUUUUCUAACAACACUUUGAAUUGAGGUGUGUUCUGCCUGCUCAUUAAUUCACACAGAAGUAGCCCAUUUCACAAUUUACGUUUGAGGCAUUACUGAGCCGGACAAACUUCUCUCUUCGAGAGCCCAAGCACAAACAUUUUCCUCCCUGGCACAUUUUCUGUCUGGCGCCCGCAUUGCGCAUUCCUAUCAAAGUGAGUGCCUUAUUACGUUAUCAUUGUAGUUUCUGAUUCUACUGUAGCACACCGUAUGUAUGGAGGAUAAUGUAUUUACUGUUUUAUUCACGUUUUCAAGUACUGGUGACAAAUCAUGCAUUCCAAUUCUUGCAUAGAUUGUAAUGGAUACAUAUGAUGUGUGUAAAAUACUAUUUUGAAGGUUAUAUCGAUUAUGAUGAGGUAAUGCUAAGCUAAUUGCCAGCUAUGUGUGGUGCCAUGUUUGUUGACAUGCAAUGCAUUCUGGUUAUCACGUAAACGUUUGUCAGACCAAAGAUGUUAUAACAAAACAAGGUGAAGAGAUGGUUCACUCGUCUUUUGAGUAAACUUCCAGAAGUGAAUGAAGGUAAACGGACCCAACUCAUCUUGUAACCUCUUAUCUUUGGCUAACGCGAAAAACAAACAUGGCGGCGCGCACAAACUACCCAUCGUCGGAAUACUUUUGAUUUUUUGAAAGUGUUUUACUCAAUUAUUUCUAUCACUGGUGAGGUCACCCGUGAUGUAAUGAAUUGUAAAUAGUAAUUGCUAUUAGCUCAUUCAUAUUAUGGUUUCUGUCAGCCGAGAGUUAGCUAAAUAUGACCGCUUGUGUUCGGUCACUCUUUCCUCAGUUAGCGCUACGACCAAAAUGUUCCCGUUUUGGAUGAGAAUUGUGUUAUGCUGUCGCUACUUCUGUGAAUGUCUGAACAUUGCAUCCAAAAAUAAACAGCUCACAUUGAGGACAUAAUGUUGUAAAGACUGUUUGUGCUAAAUGUUUCUGUGAAAAAAACUGUGGCCAGCUCAAACAGACUGUUGCGUCAAUCGUAACUGGACGUUCUAAAUAAGUGUUCUAAUCACACCGGUUUGAGCGUACGCUGCAGGGACCACUGUAGAAUGAUCACACCCAUGUGUUCGUACAUGUCAAAGGGUUAAAAGGAUGUGUAUAUGCCACAGGUAGUUCCAUGUAAAAUGAGGAAGUAUGUAUGACACAAUGGUGUUAAUAAUCUUAUGGCGUGUGUUACUGAUAUGGUGUGUUGUGUAGGUGACGACAAAGCGUGCCCAGGCCUGGUGUGCCAGUAAGAGCAGCAUCCCCUACUUUGAGACCAGCGCUAAGGAGGCCAUCAACGUAGACCAAGCAUUCCAGACCAUUGCCCGCAAUGCCCUUAAACAGGUACACACACAAAAUAUAGCCUCAAGCAGCCACAGGUAAAACAUGCCCUUACACACCGGUAGGCAGAGUGCCUCCACCUGUUCAGAAACCCCCUUUCUCUCCCUGGCUGGGAAACACCUGUUUGACUGGUUCAUUGAGGUUGCUGUGGAACUCAUGAUGUCAUAGUCAAACACUGUGUCAUCAGAGGAAUAUUGGGGGGUAAAAUUAUUGUACUUGCUGUUUGUGCACACUGUCUGUUUGUGGCUGUGUGUAAUCGUGCUCUGUGUGUCUGUAGGAGUCUGAGGUGGAGACGUAUGACUUCCCAGAACAGAUCAAACUGAGAGACGACCGGCCCUCCUCCUCCAGCGAUGGCUGCUCCUGCUGAGACCAACAACGGAUGGAUGGAGAGGAGAGAGGACCAGGAAGACAUGGGGUGCAUCUCAAUAGUAUUCCUUGUCCCCUUUACCUCCUUUGCACUGGUGUGAAAGACUGGGAC